CACGUCAUCUCGUUUCAAGCGCAAAGCCAUAGUGCAGCAACUCAAUAAAAAUAAAAGGCAGCUCCGCGAAGAGAAUUUGCCAAUUCGGUUCUCAAAUCCACGGCGACGGUCGGUUGGAAUAGUUUCCGAGGGAAUUUGCAGCCAAGUAUUUGGACUCGAAUGGCGCAGUACCAAUGUUGUGAGGCCGGAUUCUUCGUUCGCAUUGCCAUGGUGCUGUUUCUGGUGCUGUUUGCGGGGCUAAUGUCCGGGCUGACUUUGGGCCUCAUGUCUCUAAGUCUCGUCGAUCUGGAAGUUCUCGCAAAGUCCGGAACUCCCAAGGACAAGCAACAUGCUGCGAAGAUAUUGCCAGUUGCGAGGAACCAGCAUUUAUUGCUUUGUACACUGCUGAUCUGCAAUGCUGCUGCCAUGGAGGCACUUCCUAUAUUUCUGGAUUCUCUAGUCUCAGCUGGAGGUGCAAUCUUGAUAUCUGUGACAUUGAUACUUCUGUUUGGUGAGAUCAUCCCACAAUCUGUUUGUUCCAGAUAUGGACUUGCUAUAGGUGCUGCUCUGGCCCCUGUUGUUCGUGUCCUCGUCUGGAUCUGUUUUCCGGUUGCAUAUCCAAUAAGCAAGGUGUUGGAUUAUGUGCUUGGCCAUGGAGAUAGAUCUCUAUUUCGACGUGCUGAGUUGAAAACUCUUGUUGAUUUACAUGGCAAUGAGGCUGGUAAAGGUGGGGAGCUCACACAUGAUGAGACAACUAUUAUUGCUGGGGCACUAGAACUCAGUUCAAAAACUGCUAGUGAUGCCAUGACUCCAAUCUCUGAAACGUUUUCUAUUGAUAUAAAUGCAAAACUUGAUAGGUUCUUGAUGAAUCUGCUUUUGGAGAAGGGGCACAGCAGGGUGCCAGUCUACUAUGAGCAACCUACAAAUAUCAUUGGCCUUGUUCUGGCAAAGAAUUUGUUAACAAUUCAUCCUGAGGACGAGGCUCCAGUUAAGAGUGUACCUAUCCGCAAAAUUCCUAGGGUUCUGGAAACUAUGCCAUUAUACGACAUCUUGAAUGAAUUCCAGAAGGGUCACAGUCACAUGGCUGUUGUUGUGAGACAAUCCAGCAACACAACUGCACCUGCACCUGCACCUGCUGCCGAGAAUACUGUAAAAGAUUUAAAAGUAAAUGUCGAUGGCAAAAAACGCUGGUCUGGUAAAAAUGGGAAGAAAAAAAGACCACCCCUGCAGAAAUUGAAGAGUUUCGCGGACAGUAGAAGCAGUUCAUUCCAGAACAAAAAGUGGACCAAAAAUAUGUAUGCUGACAUUCUUCAGAUUGAUGAAAGUCCACUGCCAAAGCUCCCCGCAGAAGAAGAGGCUGUCGGGGUAAUCACCAUGGAAGAUGUCAUUGAAGAGCUUUUGCAGGAAGAGAUAUUUGAUGAAACCGAUCACCAAGUUGAAGAUUCAUGACAUAUACAUACACAUAUAUAUAUAUAUGUAUAUACAUACAUGUAGAGAGAGAGAGAUGAUUGUGAGGGACAUUGAGGCCAUUUCUCACAUUGUUAUUAAAUAUUGUGGUUGAUAAUGUCUUAAUGUGUGAGUUUACUAGAACUUCCAUGCACGGGCACAUAUAUAUAUAUUUGGUAACGUUGGACUA